AUGACUCUUCUUGUACAUUUCCUUUUCAUUUUCCCCCCCUUUCAUUUUUGCCACAAUAUUUUUCCUUUUUUUUCUUUUCUAUCCUUUUCCAAGUUUUUCCUUUUUCUUUUUUCCUUCUUUUUGCCCUUACUUUUUGACUACUCUUCUUGUAAACUUAUUUUUUUCUCACCUUCUUUUACUUUUUCUCACCUUCUUUUUCCUUCUUCUUUUUUCUCACUUUUUCCUUCUUUUUUCUCACUUUUUCCUUCUCCUUAUUUCUCACCUUCUUUUUCCUUCUCCUUUUUUCUCACUUUUUCCUUCUCCUUUUUUCUCACUUUUUCCUUCUCCUUUUUUCUCACUUUUUCCUUCUCCUUUUUUCUCACUUUUUCCUUCUCCUUUUUUCUCACUUUUUCCUUCUCCUUAUUUCUCACCUUUUUCCUUCUCCUUAUUUCUCACCUUCUUUUUCCUUCUCCUUAUUUCUCACCUUCUUUUUCCUUCUCCUUAUUUCUCACCUUCUUUUUCCUUCUCCUUAUUUCUCACCUUUUCCUUUUUGCUUUCUCCUCCUUUUUCCCUUUGUUUUUUCUUUUCUUUUUCUCCCCUUUUUUCCUUCAUUUUUAUCCCCUCCUUUCCUCUCAUAUUUUCUCCAUUCCCCUUUUCUUUCGUUUUUUUCCUCUUCUUCCCCACUUUCUUUCUUUCCCCCUUCUUUCCUCUUUCUUCCUCCUUUUAACAUUUUUCUCUUUAUUUCCUUUUUCUCUCUCUUUGUUUACAUCUUUCUAG